GAAAUAACUAUCUUCACCUUUCCCUUCUUUCCUUUCAUGUUCUAUUAUGAGAUCAAGCAAUUUAAUGCCAUCUUCAAAGUCAACAACAAAUUCAUUUUCGACUAAAGAUUUAUUGUUUGAAAAUACAAGUCGAGAAUGUUUAUUAUUUCCAACUUAUGCUAAAAGAAAUCCUUCUGAUGAUACUCAAUGGAUCAUUAAAGCAAAAGGCUGGGCUUUAUCUCAUAAUAGUUCUUUAACUAAACAAAAGAUGGCAAUGGGUAAAAUACAGAAAGAAAGGAAGAGAGAGAGAGAAGAUUCGUCCGUUUAAAAAUCACUGAUAUUCUUUUUUUUUCUUUCUUAGGUAUUACAAAGAGUGUUGCUGGUAAAUCUUCCGUAGAUAGAAAUUCAUCACGCAUGUUUGAAGAACGUUUCAAAUACUUUCUUGCAAAUAAUAAAGGACAUAAGCAAUUCUUGAUUCAAGCUAUAGGAAUUACAACCCUCAAUGAUUCAUUACCUUCUUUAAAAAAUCAUUCUACUUCUUAUCUAGUCUUGUUUGAUUCUUUGAACAUGUUGUCAGCUAGUUUAAAACCAAUGGUUACGUCACCUGAAUUCAACAAUCUACAUCCUUCUCCUUCUUCUAGUGAGUCAGUGGGAAAGAAUACAGCCUUUCAUUUCUCGGAUACCCCCUUUGUCAUACGUCCAGCCAAUCCUAUUUCAUCUGUUUUGGAUGGAAAUUAUCAUGAUAUAGAGAAUGAUAUGGAGAAUAAUGCAUCACUGACUCAUAAUAAUGAAAUCAUUCUUCAACACAUGGAAUGCGGAGUUCACUUGAAGACGGAGGGAUCUGGAUUCUUUUCAGGUCAAUUCUUGAUACCUCAUGAAAAUAUACUAAAUUGGGCUCAAGAUCAAAAUCAAUGCGACGCAAGAUUAAUUCGAAUUCAAUCGAUUUGUACAGAGGAGGAAAAGGAGAAUAAAAAAUUCUAUUCAAAUUAUGGCAUUGUCAAUUUGAUAGAACCUUAUGGUAUAUCUAUCAUUUCAGAUAUUGAUGACACAAUUAAAGAUACUCAAAUCCUGUCUGGUGCACGUAAAGUAUUGUCAAAGACCUUCUUUGAACAACCUCAAUCUGUACCUGGUAUGGCUGAUACUUAUAUGGCUUGGUAUUCUCAAGGUGCUUCGUUUCAUUAUGUUUCUAAUAGUCCUUUCCAAUUAAUGCCUAUGCUGGAUAAAUUCUUGAGACAUUCUCAAUUCCCACCAGGUUCAAUGCAUCUCCGUGAUGAUAAAAAAUUGAUAGCACGUCUGGUAGAGACCCCGGGUCUAGCUAAACGUGAAACGAUCUUAAAGAUCAUGAAUGAUUUCCCUCAACGUCGUUUUGUAUUGAUUGGGGAUUCAGGUGAGAUUGAUUUAGAGAUCUAUACACGCAUUGCCAUUGAACGUCCUCAUCAAGUAUUAAAAAUUUAUAUUCGAGAUGUCACUCGAUCUACUCUUAAUAAGAGACAACUGCAAAAGAGAGAACAAGGAUAUCAGAAAAGGUCGGCAAGUGCCUUCUCUUCCUUUCUUUAUCAUUAUCCUAAAAGGAGACCUCACUCUACCUCCUCUGCUCCAACCCUAACUAAUAACAACAACAACAACAGCAGCAGCAGCAGAAGUCAUAGCUUUUCUUCAUCCAACAAUGAGAAAAUCAUCACUAAAAAUGAUGAUGAUGACAGUACAGGUUCAGAUAGUAUCAUCUCUAAAAGUCAUAAAAAGAAAAAGUUUAGAUCACCCCUUGGAUUACGUAAAGCUAUGAAAGAUACAAUCGUUGAAUAUGCAAUAGAACCCAGCUUAACCGGUCAUCGUAGUACAUUUCAACAUCAUGAUCAUGAACAUACUACGGGUCUUUUAGAUCCUCAUCGACAUCAAAAAAAGAUAUCUACUUUAGAAGCAUGUCAACAAUUAGAUAAUCGCGUAGAGAAAUCACGUCUACAAAUACCAUCGAUUGAUAUCGUUUUAUUUCAAGAUGCAGAGGUGCUUGCGAAUGAUGCAGAUAUUAGAAAUGCUCUAUGGGAUAUGUGGGAUAAUCUAAGCAACUCCGAAAGUACCAGUAGUAGUAGUAGUAGUAGUAGCAGUAGUAGCAGUAGAAGUAGUAGUUUUGGUAAUAGUAGUCAUGGUGAUACACAUGCUUUAAGUAUGGAUAAAAACACUCAUCCUAUCUAUUAUCAUAAAGACGAUGUAAAUGUCUAUGUACCUUCACCAACUAUCGCAUUAUAGUCAUAAAAAAAAACUCAAGAAAAUUAUUUUAUAUAAUGUGUAAUACGUAUUCUUUUUUUUUCCUUUUUAUGCAUAUACUUCAUUCAUUUGUAUAAUUAAAGCAAUUACUUUCUUUAACCAUUCAUUCGUAAAUAAAAUUCAUACUAUUUGCACUCUUUUCUCUUACAUAAAAAAGAGAAGAUGAUCAUUAUUUAGAAAUAUGAAUGAGUUGACU